GUGCCAGUGCGUGUCCAUGCGUGUGGGGCCCUGGUGCACAUGCCGUGUGGUUGAGAUCAGAGAGGAGGUGGGAACGCCAUGGCCCCACGGUGGCUGCGGUCGCUGGGAGGCGAGGUUUCAUCUCUCUCCUGGAGAUUGAUUUCGCCUGGGGAAGACGCUCUAAUUCCUGUGACUCACUCGUUAGAGGAGUUCAAAGCAGCCAGGUGGCGGGAGGGUGUCUGGGGUUGCAGGUUUUAGAACGAUUCGCUCAUUCUGCUCUGAUUAUUAAUUUAUUCUUUAGGCCUUUCCCUCAGAGUUCUUAACCUUUUCUGUGCCAUGGAUCAAUCCCUCCUCAGAAUAUUGCUGCAAAUGCAUCGAAUGAAAUACAUAGGCUUAUGAAAGAAACCAGUGGUCUUGAGUGUAAUGAUCAAAUGUUGAAGGCACCACUCCGUGCUAUAGUACUACAUGGACCCAUUUGCGGCCAGAUCAGGGGGGUCUGAUGAUGGACUUCAGCUGGACGCCGUGGUGCAGUGUGGACAGGUCUGUGCCUUGGGCUGCUGGCAGGCUCCUGGGCACUGUGGCUUGUUGCCCAUGUUCAUUUUUCUGGAGAUACCAGCUACUUUAAUUUCCAAGUUAAAGAGGAUAAAAAUGUGUCUUUCGCCAUUCAGAUUAUGCAUCUUUGCUUUAACUGGAAUUUAUAAAUUAUUUAGGAGGUGGAAGCAACCUAUGAGCACACCCACCCCCAGACACACACAUGCAGUGUUUCCUAAACCUGCCUUUGCAUCAGAAACACCCGUGGAGCUCUUUAAAAAAAAUGCACCUCUUUUGUUCCCCCCCUUCCAUCCAGACCUCUGGAAUCACUUUGCCAGGAAAGACCUGGGUAUGAUUCCAGAAGUUCUUAGAGUGCCAGUGCUCCCAGAGCAUGCUGGAGUCCUGGGAGGCAGUGAUCUGUGUGCAGUCUCCUAAUGGGAAGAGUGUUCCUCCUUCCCUUAGCAAACCCCAGGUGUGGGGUGCCUCUCUUGUGGUGCAUUGUUUGGAUGUGUUAGAGCUGUUUUUCCUGGGUGAAGUUGGGGUGUUGGUGCUCCUCCCCCUGGUAAGUGUUAUGACCUUAGGCUGAGCUCUGAGCCCAGAAUGUGGUCCCUCCCUAUGGCCCCCAGCUGGCCUCUGGGGGCUCAAAUGAGGCUGAGAAGCUGCCUUGAAAGAGUUUUAGGGAGUGAAAGUGACUGCCUGGGACCCUGGGCUCCGGGUGUUUACCCAGAAAUUGUGCUAAUCCCUCUAAUUCCUGAGAUUUAUACAGCUCUCUGCUCUGUCUGCUGCUUUCCUCUCCUGGAGGGGGCGGGAUGGGCUGGCAGUGGCUGGUCUGUGGCACAGUGGGCACUGCCCAGGCACCCUCUCUGGGUCAGCUCCGCACAGGUGUUCAUGAAUCCCCUGGGGCCUACAUGGGCAUCUCUAUCCCUAGACCAGAAUGGGCAGUGGGAAUCUUAGUAAAUGUCCCUUUUCCACACACUCUGUUCACCUGGUCCCCUAGUGGCUGUGGCCUAGGACUCCAAGGUAGCAUUAUGGCUAGAGGACCUGAUCCUUUCAUUUGACUGCUCACCUCCUCCUCUGUCAGAAUGGAGAGAAUGGCAUCCGUUGUGACGGUACAACAGCACGGAGAUAUUAGGGUGAGGGAGCUAUAACAGCUGUUCCCCAAGAAAAACCUUUUCCUCCUCUUUUUUCCAAUUCCUUGUCCCAGUUUUCACAGUUCCUUCUUGAGCCUCUUUCUUACCUUGAUCCAUGACCCUAAAGUCUGAGGGUCUGACACUAAAGUCUGUGAGUCCCUGUUUCCCCAUCUGGGUUUGGGGAUACCUGCAGGGAGCUUCCCUGUCCCUCUCUGAGGGUGAGGUUAGCGUCUGGUACAUGUGCUGACAUUGUUGAUGCCUUGAGUCCUCUGCUGGUUUCUGUGCCACUGAGCCCUGUGCCCUUCAAAUGCCAGCCUGGUUCCCUGUGCCUAUAUUACCCCAUUGACAAGGGGGCUGACCACCUGCUCAUCUGUGCCUGGGGAACCAAGGGCUCGAGGUCUUGCCCCGGUGGAAGUCACUAUUGAGCAGGAGCCAGGGAGUGCAUAACAGGUUAUGGUCAGGCUGUGUGAGGGUCCCAAGAUGAUGGGAAGGGUUCAGACCCAGGGGAAGGAUGCCCGAUUCACUUGGGAGCAUGCAGGAGGAAUCUUUGCUAGUCUACCAACUCACAGCCUAACUCAAUGUGAGGCCUGAGGCUGAUUGUCAAUAAAGAAUUAGGGAAUAAAGACUUAGUGACUGAACGUACAUCUGCACGCUCCUCCCCCACUAGCCUCAGCAGACAGGUGCCACCUGCACUGCCGUGGUGCUUGCAAGAAGCUCUGGACAAAGCAUCAGCUUUUGCUCAGCCUGGCUGGUGGCUCCCAUCCACCAAUCCUGCCACCUGGGAUAUGGCACCAGGGCAGGGGUCAUACCAAAUACUGCUUCUGGGUCCUCCUGGAUUCCUGGAACACCUGACGAGCUCAACAGGCUGCCCCCCAGGGCUAUGAGCGACUGAGAUGGAGACGUCCGCCUCGGCCCCUGCCACGGAGAAGAAGGACGCCAAGAGCGGGAUCCUGGAGGGCCCGGCUUUCCCCGACCCGGGCAGAAAGGCCUCGGCCCUCGCGGUGGCCACGGCGGCGGCGGCCGCGGCUGUCGCUGCCCAAGGAGUGCCGCAGCACCUUCUGCCACCGUUCCAUGCUCCCUUGCCGCUUGACAUGCGACACCAGGAGGGAAGGUACCAUUACGAGCCUCACUCUGUCCAUGGCGUGCACGGGCCUCCUGCCCUGAGCAGCAGCCCUGUCAUCUCUGACAUCUCAUUGAUCCGGCUUUCCCCACACCCCGCCGGCCCUGGGGAGUCUCCCUUCAACGCCCCCCACCCGUACGUGAGCCCCCACAUGGAGCAUUACCUCCGUGCCAUGCACAGCAGCCCCACGCUCCCCACAAUCUCGGCAGCCAGGGGCCUCAGUCCCGCUGAGGUGGCCCACGAGCACCUUAAGGAGAGGGGACUAUUUGGUCUCCCCACGCCAGGAACCAACCCCUCAGACUAUUACCACCAGAUGACCCUCAUGGCGGGCCACCCUGCACCCUACGGGGACCUGCUGAUGCAGAGUGGGGGUGCUGCUGGCACACCCCAUCUCCACGACUACCUCAAUCCAGUGGAUGUGUCGCGCUUCUCCAGCCCAAGGGUGACACCCCGCCUGAGCCGCAAGCGGGCACUGUCCAUCUCGCCGCUCUCAGAUGCCAGCCUGGACCUGCAGCGGAUGAUACGGACCUCGCCCAACUCGCUGGUGGCUUACAUCAACAACUCGCGGAGCAGCUCGGCAGCCAGUGGCUCGUACGGACACCUGUCAGCAGGCACCCUCAGCCCAGCCUUCACUUUCCCCCACCCCAUCAAUCCCGUGGCCUACCAGCAGAUCCUGAGCCAGCAGCGGGGCCUGGGCUCUGCCUUUGGACACACGCCACCCCUGAUCCAGCCCUCACCCACCUUCCUGGCCCAGCAGCCCAUGGCCCUCGCCUCCAUCAAUGCCACACCCACCCAGCUUGGCAGCAGCAACUGUUUGGGUGACAGCAACCACCAGAAUAAGCAGAGCAGCGAGUCAGCCGUGAGCAGCACCGUCAACCCCAUCGUCAUUCACAAGCGCAGCAAGGUCAAGACUGAGGUCGAGGGCCUGCGGCCAGCCUCCCCCUUGACCCUGACACAGGAGCAGCUGGCUGACCUCAAGGAGGACCUAGACAGGGAAGACUGCAAGCAGGAGGCUGAGGUGGUCAUCUAUGAGACCAACUGCCACUGGGAAGACUGCAGCAAAGAAUACGACACCCAGGAGCAGCUGGUGCAUCACAUCAACAACGAGCACAUCCACGGGGAGAAGAAGGAGUUCGUGUGCCGCUGGCAGGCCUGCACGCGGGAGCAGAAGCCCUUCAAGGCGCAGUACAUGCUGGUGGUGCACAUGCGCCGGCACACAGGCGAGAAACCCCACAAGUGCACGUUCGAGGGCUGUUCGAAGGCCUACUCUCGCCUGGAGAACCUGAAGACGCACCUGCGCUCCCACACCGGGGAGAAGCCAUACGUGUGUGAGCACGAGGGCUGCAACAAGGCCUUCUCCAACGCUUCUGACCGCGCCAAGCACCAGAACCGCACCCACUCCAACGAGAAACCCUACAUUUGCAAGAUCCCAGGCUGCACCAAGCGAUACACAGACCCCAGCUCUCUCCGGAAGCACGUGAAAACCGUACAUGGCCCAGAUGCUCACGUCACCAAGAAGCAGCGAAAUGACAUGCACCUCCGUGCCCCCCUGCUCAAGGAGAACGGGGACAAUGAGGCCAGUGCUGAGCCUGGUGGCCGGGGCUCUGAGGAGAGCACGGAAGCCAGCAGCACUAGCCAGGCCGUGGAGGACUGUCUUCAUGUCAAAGCCAUCAAGACCGAGAGCUCCGGGCUCUGUCAGUCCAGCCCCGGGGCCCAGUCGUCCUGCAGCAGUGAGCCCUCUCCUCUGGGCAGUGCCCCCAACAAUGACAGUGGCGUGGAGAUGCCGGGGACGGGGCCCGGGAGCCUGGGAGACCUGACAGCUCUGGAUGACCCGCCCUCAGGGCCCGAUGCCUCAGCCCUGGCUGCCCCCUCCGCUGGGGGCCUGCAGCUGCGCAAACACAUGACUGCCAUGCACCGAUUCGAGCAGCUCAAGAAGGAGAAGCUCAAGUCACUCAAGGAUUCCUGCUCGUGGGCCGGGCCAGCUCCACACACCCGGAACACCAAGCUGCCUCCCCUGCCGGGAAGUGGCCCCAUCCUGGAAAACUUCAGCAGCAGCGCGGGCAGCGGGCCUGCGGGCCUGCUGCCCAACCCGCGGCUGUCGGAGCUGUCCACCAGCGAAGUCACCCUGCUGAGCCACCUGCAAGAGCGCCGGGACAGCUCCACCAGCACGGUCAGCUCGGCCUACACCGUGAGCCGCCGCUCCUCCGGCAUCUCUCCGUAUUUCUCCAGUCGCCGCUCCAGCGAGGCAUCGCCCCUGGGCGCCGGCCGCCCGCACCACGCCAGCUCCGCGGACUCCUACGAUCCCAUCUCCACGGACGCGUCGCGGCGCUCCAGCGAGGCCAGCCAGUGCAGCGGAGGCGGCGCGGGGCUGCUGCACCUCACCCCCGCCCAGCAGUACAGCCUGCGAGCCAAGUACGCCGCGGCCACGGGCGGCCCGCCCCCCACUCCGCUGCCCGGCCUGGAGCGCAUGAGCCUGCGGACCCGGCUGGCGCUGCUGGACACGCCCGAGCGCGCGCUGCCCCCGGCCUGUCCACGCCCGCUGGGGCCGCGGCGGGGCAGCGACGGGCCGACCUACGGGGCGGUGGGCCCCGCACCUGCCUUCCCCCACGAGGCGCCGGGCGGGGGGGCGCGGCGGGCCAGCGACCCAGUGAGGCGGCCUGACACCCUGGCGCCCCCGCGGGUGCAGCGCUUCCACAGCGCCCACAACGUGAACCCCGCCCCGCUUCUGUCCUGCGCGGAACGCCGAGGCUUCCACCUGCAAAGCCAUCGGAGCUCAGACGGCAGCCUGGCCCGCAGCGCCUACUCGCCGCGGCCGCCCAGCAUCAGCGAGAAUGUGGUGAUGGAGGCCAUGGCCACAGGGGCAGACAGCACGGGGCCGGAGGUUGGCCUUGGGCUGCCAGACGACGACCUCGUGCUGCCGGAUGACGUGGUGCAGUACAUCAAGGCGCAUGCCAGCGGCGCUCUGGAUGACAGCACCCCACAGGUAUAUCCCCCGGAAAGCACCUGCUUCUCUGAUAACCCCAAACUGCCCAACUCUGGGCUACAGAGCCAGCGCAGGAUGGUGGCUGCGGACUCCAAUGUGGGUCCCUCUGCCCCAGUGCUGGGAGGCUGCCAGAUGGGCUACGCAGCUCCCUCCAACCUGAACAAAAACAGCAUGCCCGUGCAGUGGAAUGAGGUGAGCUCCGGCACCAUGGACACCCUGGCCAGUCAGGUGAAGCCUCCGCCCUUUCCACAGGGCAACCUGGCUGUGGUGCAGCAGAAGCCAGCCUUCAGCCAGUACUCAGGCUAUAGUGCCCAAGGCCUGCAGCCAAGCCCCGGAGGCCUGGACAGUACUCAGCCACACCUUCAGCCCUGCAGUGGAGGGCCCUCUGUGUCCAGGGUAAAUUAUAUGCAGCAGCUUCGGCAGCAAGGGGCAGGUGGCCAGUGUCCCAGCAUGACCACCACUGGGAGCCCCCACACCAGCUAUGGCCAGGCCCAUCCCCAGCUGAGCCCCAGUACCAUGGGUGGAGCCUUGAACCAGUUCUCCCCAUCCUGCAGCAAUGUGGCAGCCAAGCCAGGCCACCUGGGGCUCCCUCAGCAAAUGGAAGUUGCUCCUGACCCCACCAUGAUACGCAGUGGCCACAGGGAACUUGGCGUCCCCAAUUCCACCCUGGCUGGGAUGCCCCCACCUCAACCAGCCCCUAGCUACCCACAACAGAGCCAUCACCUGGUCACCCCCAUGAGCCAGGAGGGCUACCGCCAGGGCCCCAGCCUUCUGCCUUCCCACCAGCCUGGCUUCAUGGAGCCCCAGCAGGGCACAAUGGGACACGCCGGAUCAAACUUUGGCUUAGUGCAACCCCGGCCACCCCCUGAGCCCAACCCUGCUAGCCGCCACCGUGGGGUGCGUGCCGGGCAGCAGCUGGCCUAUACCAGGGCCACUGGCCAUGCCAUGGCUGCUGUGUCAGCCAACCAGGAGAUGGUUACAGAAUCUGUGCCCAAGGGAGCUCUGGGCACCAUGGUGUCCCUGCCUCCUCAGCCGCCCCCACAUGACGCGAACGGGAACCAGGAUCACAGCAUGCUCUACUACUACGGCCAGAUCCACAUGUAUGAGCAGAAUGGAGGCCUGGAGAACCACGUCGGCUGCCAGGUCAUGCAGCCCCAGCCACCACAGCCACAGGCCUGCCCAGACAGCCUCCAGCCCCAACCCCUGCCCUCACCAGGGGUGAACCAGGUGUCUAGCACAGUAGACUCCCAGCUACUGGAGACUCCCCAGAUUGAUUUUGAUGCCAUCAUGGAUGAUGGGGAUCACUCCAGCCUACUCUCAGGCGCCCUGAGCCCCAGCCUCCUCCACAGCCUCUCCCAGAACUCCUCCCGCCUCACCACCCCCCGGAACUCUCUGACUCUGCCCACUAUCCCCACGGGCAUCAGCAACAUGGCCGUUGGGGACAUGAGCUCCAUGCUCACCAGCCUGGCCGAGGAGAGCAAGUUCUUGAACAUGAUGAGCUAAGGCCCCGGCCCCUGACACUCAUCGGACCACAGGAACCAGCACCUCGUCGAGCAUGGGGCUUUCGUCUGUUUCCUCUUUUUCCAAAAAAAGUAUUAAAUAGGUCUGAGGGAAUUUUGCCAAUGUCUGGUUCAGACCACAGAUGCUUUAAGGAUAGGUUGAUGUGCCUCCUGUCUGUUCUUCUUUUGGAUUAUUUUUUGGAACACCGCGAAAAGUCUCAACUGUAAAGGCGAGGCAGAAAUGAAAAACUCGUUUACACAGUAUUUCCCAACCUUUGGUGUUUAUAGGACCACUCUGUUCUGGCUUCUUUGCCUCUGUCAUUUGGCUAAUGAGGGAUUACACUGGCCAAGAGCUUUCCAAGUACACAAGGAAAUAGGGUAGAGGAACCACACUUGGGUUAGAAUCUGAAAGCCAUACUGGAUAUUCUAAUCUAGGAAAAGAAGUGUCUCGUUCCGUUACCUGCAAGGUAAAGGAAUUUCUGUCCCACCAGAAUUCUAUGAAGCUCAGUUCUUGAGGUCUUAACAUUCCUUGCCAUGGAAGGAAAAAAAAAAAUUAGAUCUUUACCUGGAUGGUUUGGAAGCACAUCCUGAUUCCAGGUUUGGUAGAGCUGGCAUCUCUACCCUGCAAAGACAAGUUUGCAACUGGCAGACUGUUCAAGUGUAUAUGAAUGAAGAAGGUAUGAAAGAAUCGCCAGAAAGAGGAAAGACAAAAUUGUAAAGCUUGGGACAAGCCCAGAAGCUGCCCUGGCCUCUCCAGACCGUGUUUACAGUGUUUAUGCAUGUAGAAUGUAGCCCUUCCUGAAAGAACACUUAUUUCUAAAUACCUCGGGGCUGCCAGAGCUGCUUUGGGUUAGGGAUGAACCAAGGUGAGCCGAACAUAGGAUACGGGCUUGAGAAAGUAAGAGUAUACCCAGGGCCCGGGCUCAGGCUGUCCUGGAGGGCUCCCUGUAGGAAGAGAAGUCGCAUGUUUACCCAAUCCUGUUUCUCCAAUGCACUAUCAGCCCACUUUACCAUGGAAACCCCAGGACUGGAUGGCAGGCCCUGCCCAGAUUUCUCUAGGCCAUGCUGCCCCCUCACUGCAGUCCAGCGGUUUUGCCAAGCUACAACACGCAGUCGGAUGUCUUCUGGAUCCCCUUCCCUCUGUCCUCCUUGUUCAUUUCACAGAGAACAAUAUACCCAUGGUGUUUGGAUGGGGGUGGGAAGGUGAAGGAGUUGAUAGUUGGGACUCUGAGGGAGCAUCACUGAAUUUUCCUGUUCCAUGUGACCAAGGCCCAUCCAGAGAUGGAAUUUCAAGCUGACAUCAAAAGACGUCAUUCCUGAACAUACUGUCGGGUGAACUGGUGCAGCCUCCCCACCACACGUACAUACACGCACACAUACCCCACAUUGAAUCUGAGGCAUCCCUGCCCAAGCCAACUGCACCACUGUGAGCUGGAUUCUGUGACCCUGGCUUCAACUAGGACAGGGCCCUGUGCAUCUAGAACAUUGAUCACUUUGUUAGGGUCCUAAGAUAAGGCCAACUCCAGGUAACCACCCCCAGAUGCCUGGGUCCGGGCUCCGUGGUGGUGCGUAUUCACCCCCGAGCUAGGAUUUCCUAGCCAUUCCCACACCUGUAUAUAAUCUUUGCAGAAGACAUCAUCCCCGAAAAUACUGUAGGUGAAUCAUCCAGUCAAAUUUAUAUCUUCAAAACAUUUUUAGCUUUUUCUACAUGCUAUGAGUUGAGAUGACAUGCUCAACUUGUAAAUAAGUCUUUUUGUACAUUAAAAAAGUAAUUUUUUCAUAAUUUAUUUUGUCUAUCUGCUUCUUCUUUGACAGUAGUUAAUGAGAACCCAGGCUGUAAAUUUGGUGCAUUUGAAAGGAAAUUAGGCAGUAUUUUUUCC